AUGCAAGCCAGCAAUGUUGGUUAUGAGCUCCGAUGUAUGUUGUUCCUAGCUAUUGUGACAGGACCAGCAAAAAGAUGGUUCAAAAAGUUUAGGAGACAUUCAAUCUCAUCUUGGGAUCAGUUAGCAAAAGAAUUUAAGAAGCAGUUCAAAGCCAUGGUAGGCGUCAGGCUCGAAGCCUUGGCUUUGACCAAUGUCAAACAACAACAAGGAGAGUCAUUGAAGAGUUACCUUGCAAGGUUUAAUAUAGAAGUAGCUCGAGCCCGCAACAUCAACGACAGUGGCCACCAUAUGGCUAUAAGAGCUGCCUCGACCUUGGUUGCCCCAUCGACGUUAAGACCUUCCGGAAAUAACCCUUCAAAAAGAAAGAAAAAUGAAGGGAAUAACUUCGAGGCAGACGGGGGGAAAAAAAAGAAGGGAGAUAAGUAUUUCUCCAUUUACACGGUAUAUACAAAGCUCAAUGAGACUCGAGAAAAUAUCUUCCUUGCCAAUGAGAAUCAGGUCUCGUUUAGACGACCUGACCCAAUGUGGAAUCAAAAGGCAAAGAGGGACUCCAAUAAAUAUUGCAGAUUCCACAGAGACGUCGAGCAUACCACUGAUGAAUGCCGACAACUGAAGGAUGAGAACGAAGGCUUGAUAUCGAGGGGACAUUUCAGACAAUAUGUGAGAAACUGA